GGAGAAAGGAAAGGAUCCGGAGGAGGCGCUGUUCAGUAUCCCCGUGCUGGGUCUCUGCCUCUGGCCGAGCCGCCCCCGGAGUCCGAGAUGCAUGCCGGCGGCCCGGUGUCUGCGAUGCUGCUGCUGCCGAUGCUCACGCUACAUCUGCUGGGGCUCCCCCGGCCGCUUUCAGGGAGCCCCCUGGCGGCGACGGAGCCUCCUCCCAAAGUCUUGGAGCUCGACCUGCGCACCGACGUCAAGGUGCAGGAGGUGAGCCUGGCUUUCCUCUCCAUCACCAUUGACGCCAACCUGGUCACAGACCCCCGAUACAUCACCUUCCUCGGUUCCCAAAGGCUUCGGACCUUGGCCAGAGGCUUAUCUCCUGCCUACUUGAGAUUUGGUGGCACCAAGACUGAUUUCCUGAUCUUUGACCCAAAAAGGGAAUCAUCCUUUGAGGAAAGAAGUUACUGGGAAGCUCAAGUCAACCCAGAUACUUGCAAUUUGGGUCCCAUCCCUUCUGCUGUAAAGGGGCAGUUACAACUGGAAUGGCCUGUCCAGGAGGAGCUGCUACUCAAAGAACAACAUCAGAACAAAUACAAGAAUGGCACAUUCACAAAAAGCACAGUGGAUAUGCUGUAUAGUUUUGCCAAGUGUUCGGGACUGGACCUAAUCUUUGGCAUCAAUGCCUUAAUAAGGAAAAGUAAUUUGCAGUGGGACAGCUCAAAUGCCAAAUUGUUCUUGGAUUAUUGUACCUCCCAGAAGUAUAACAUUUCCUGGGAACUUGGCAAUGAACCCAACAGCUUUAGGAAGAAGUCUGGCAUAUAUAUUAAAGGGUCCCAACUAGGAAAAGAUUUUAUUAAAUUGCAUUCACUUCUAAAAACAUACUAUUUCAAAAACGCAAAACUCUUUGGACCCGAUAUUGGUCAACUUCGGAAGAACAGUGAGAAGCUGCUAAGGAGCUUCCUGAAUGUCGGGGGAGAAGUAAUUGAUGCAAUCACAUGGCAUCACUACUAUGUGAAUGGAAGAAAUGCUACCCAAGAGGAUUUUUUAAACCCCGAAGUGUUGGAUACAUUUAUUUUCUCAGCACAAAAAAUUUUUCAGGUUGUGAAAGAGACCAGGCCUGGGAAGAAGAUUUGGUUGGGAGAAACCAGCUCGGCUUAUGGAGGGGGGGCUCCUAAACUGUCUGACACGUACACGGCUGGUUUUACGUGGUUGGACAAAUUAGGUCUGUCAGCUAAAAUGGGCAUUGAGGUGGUAAUGAGACAAGUGUUCUUUGGAGCUGGAAAUUAUCACUUAGUAGAUAGAAACUUCGAUCCUUUACCUGAUUAUUGGCUCUCUCUUCUGUUCAAACAACUGGUUGGCACCAAGGUAUUAGCAGCUAGUGUGAAAAGUCCGGACAAACAGAAACUUAGAUUGUAUCUCCAUUGCACAAACAACAAGCAUCCAAAGUACAAAGAAGGAGAUUUAACUCUGUAUGCUCUUAAUCUGCACAAUGAUACCAAAUAUCUACAGUUACCUCCUCAUUUAAGUGAUAAACGUGUGGAAAAAUAUAUCUUGCAACCUUCUGGAUACAAAAAUCUACUUUCUCAAUCUGUGAAACUAAAUGGCCACAUUCUCAAGAUGGUAGAUGAUAAAACAUUGCCAGAACUAAUCGGCAAACCUCUCUGCCGAGGCUGUCCAUUGACUUUGCCACCUUUCUCAUAUGGAUUUUUUGUUAUAAUAAAUGCUAAAGUUGUCACUUGCAUCUAAAAGGUGAAGGCUGAUCCAUUUUAUCCUGUGGAAGAAUUUCAGUAGUAAUGAUAGAAGUAAAGUGCAACUUGAAGCAUUCCGAGGUCAGGAAAAUAUAUCAUUAUGAAUGAAAGCUCCCAAGAGAUGAGGGCUGGGUCUGAUUGAAUACAUACCAAAAUGUGAUUUCAACUUCAAAGCUACAAAGAGUCUAAAUUUUGUAUGUCAGUGUUUUUAUAUUUUCAUAUUUUUAAUAAAGUAAUUUAUGAAACCUUAA